AUAAGUGAAAAUAUGGAGAUUUUUAAAACAGUUGAUAUUUAACUAGUAAAGAGAGUUAAUAUGGGUCACCAACAGGCACUUUUGUUUUUGAUCGGUGUAUUGCUUAUUUCCUUUUAUCCGCUGUGUGACUGUGGUGCGUGUUUGAGGUAUGAUCCAUUUGGAAAUUGUCUAACUACGCAAGUAAGUCCCUUGGGAGCCUUGCUUGGCAUUUCCAAUGUGCCAAGUCCUAGAGUCCCUCAAGUCGCCACUUAUCCAGCAGCAGUGCCAGCUUAUCCAGCAGCAGUGCCAGCUUAUCCAGCCGCAAUACCAGCUUAUCCAGCAGCAGUGCCCGCUUAUCCAGCAGCAAUGCCAGCUUAUCCGGUAGCUAUGCCAGCAUAUGGAUAUAACUAUUACGGUUAAAUUAAUUGUUAAUGCACGAGUCUCAAAAGGCUUAUACUAAAUAAAUCAGUACAUUUUACUGACUUUAAUGAAA